GCGGUCGUCAACUAACGACAACCAUAUAGGCAUAUACGUACAACUUUUUAAAGAUUGGCAUUUUUUAAACAUUUAUAUCGUGAGGACGUAUUAAAUAUGAAUAGCAUAAAUUUUCUCAAUAUAAAUGGGAAAGAAAAAAAGAAACUCAACCCUAUUAUUAUCGCAUUUGAGCAGGCGUUAGAAACUAUUUUAUUCAAACUGACGAAGCUCAGCUCAACUGAAGGUCGUUGUCAAUCCAAAACUGCCAUACACAGAAGGAGACCUGAUUUUUCAAAACUCUUCAAAGAGUUCAGGCCACGACUUCCACAUCAAUAUUUUGUCAAAAAACUUAUGCAAAUUGGCUACUUCUUGUGUUCAUUAAAGGCAUUUCAAGAAGCUAAAUUCCAGUGCUUUACACGUUACCUUCAGGAAAUAUCACCUGACCACACAUGCAUUGAAGAAGUAGCUAAUUUAGAUUUUGAACAUUUUAAAGAAACAUUUUUCCCUAAUGGACUUGGUGACUCACAGACAGUGGACACAAUCAAAGUUUUAUAUGAAGACACCAUGAGUUCUUAUGUAUUGCUCAUAGAGUCAGAUCCAGAACUUCAGACUGCAAGAAGUGUGAAUCAAUGUUUGAAACUAUUGAAGAUUCUUAUGCUUGUUAUGCAGUUGGCAGUACAAUGUGAAGCCUUCUGUUGGUUACUCUAUAAUGGUACAAUUCAUGUUUACACAAUUUCACAACAGCUGAUGGUCACUGGAAGAAGCAACUUGGUUCUUGAAUAUUUACUGUGGUCAUGCAUGUGCAUGGAAGGAUCAGUUCCACUGCUGACAGUCAAAUAUAUCCCUUGGCGUAGUACAUUGUACUCUGCAACCUGUCUAUGUUAUCUUGACUGUAACGAGCCAAAGCAUGCUGAGACAUUUGCACGUAGAUCAAUGAAAAAAAUUACAGAGCUUGCCGACAUCGAGGAAAUGAGCACAUCCGUUCAAACGCCGGAAACUAAGGCCGUGUUUCAGGCUGCUAAAGUGAAGAUUGAUGUGUUUAUAUUUCAACGAGUGGUCUUUGAAAGCAGAAAGAGACCUAAAGGAAUGCUACGUCCUAAACUGAGAGCACCUAUCAAGGAAGCUUUGCAUUCCAACUGGCCUCGCAAUCAGACGGAGCGUCUACUGACGGAUCUAUUUGAUGGCAAUGCGGCUCAAUUUCUUGCUAUCCUUCAAACAUUAGGGGGUCCACAUCGCCGUACCCUGCAAUGUAACGCUCCUACUGGAUCUAUUGAUGACGUCACCUUGGAUAUUUAUCCCGAACUAUUUGUCGCUGGUGUGGACUUAAUAUCCGGUGGUAACAAUGCCCGGCUUUCACGUAACGACCAAGAGGUUCAUCCUUCUUGUAUUGAUCUAUCCAAUGCGUCACUUCUUGAACUAUCAGAAGAAGGUGUAGAUGGUGUACCAUUUCCACUGGUGAUGAGAUUUUUAAAACUAGCCUUCAGCUACGAACAAUGGGAGGUGUUAGAUACCCUUAUACAACCUUCCAUAAACUUACUUGAGACGCGUGCGCAGAUGGUUCAGUCACCUGUUUAUCUUAUGACACUGGAACUUUUAAUAGCCAUGGAGCCUUUUUACAAUCCAACUAAUCGAAGACACAACAAGAAGGGUGUGGCUUGUAAUGAGGGUGCAUUUAACGAUUAUUCUCAAGACUGUAAAGCGAAUGUAUCUUUUGUUGAUGAACUAUUGGUCGUUGCAAAUAUCCUCAGUCGAUUUACAAGUGAGCUGCCUAAGGCAGCCAUGCCAUAUGUUGAUGUAGAUAUGCUCGUGGAUGCUACUCUUUUCCUCUGGAAUCGUUGUAAACCGUUCUUCUUUCGUGUUGUAUCGUCAAAUUACGAAAGCUGCAAACAAGUUUUGAACGAUAAAGAUUGUGACAAAUGGCUCUUUCUUCUUCUCAACAUCGACAACGUUUUUCGUUCGUAUGGAUUGUCAGAUAUAGAUCCUGUCGUUGCUGCUGAAAUAUCAUUAAAACUCUCCAUGGUCAUUGAAUGUAGAGCCUCUAUGUGUACUCAAAACAACAGCGCUACCAUUUUCAAAACUCGACAGGAAAGUGAAGUUAAUAACGUUCGAAGCAAACAAUUGGACGAAAAUACUUUAGAAGAGAAUUUCACUCAUUACAGCUCAUCAUACCAGGACGUAUUUCCAAGUUCUGGUUUUGAUUUAUUAUGGCUGGCGUUUAAUGUACUCGAAUCAAGUGUUGAACGAGUUAGCGACGCAAGAGUAAAGAUUGGUGUCGAGCUGGUUUAUGAUCAGGUAAAGAAUGGGACGCUUGGACAUAAAGGAAGUGGAUUUUCUAAGAACGAUAUGGACUUGCAAAUAUUAAAAAUGGAAUUACUUUUCAACAUGAUGCGAUUGCUUUCCAAGCUGGUCAGCGGACGCUAUCACUCAGAGAUGGUGCCUGGUUUGCAGAAAUCGAUGACUUCAUCUUCAAUAUUAUUGAAAAAUCGUGGAAAAUCUCGUGAUACGAGCUCAUGGAUUGAGGACAUCGUCAAGAAAUAUACACGACUUCCCAUUGCGAGAGCAAUGUUUCUCAUGCACAAGACACAAAUUGAUGAGAUCACAAGGGAAAAAGCCAAAGAAAAUCUCAAGGAUUGUUUUAAUAUCAUUAAAAAAUGUGAAGUUCAAGAGAAAGUCCUUGCAUCAAGAUGUAAGAAUUCAAAUAAAGAUAUCGAACCUACAUCAACUCCACCUUCUCCAAUCUUAGUUUUUCGUAGCUCAUCUCGAAUGAUUUUAAAACCUGCGCCAUUUAUACCCAUCUGUAAGGUAAAUGCACAAAACGUGUACUGGUAUCGUAUGUUUGGUUGCUCUGCCACCGGUAGUAAUGUCAAAGUUAGAUUGAAUGAUUGUAAUCUUGUUGGAACGGGUAUAGAGGUACCGGCGAAUCAACAUUGCAUGUUUGAUGUGACAAAUCUUGAAGCAGGGGGAAGAUACGUGUUUGCAGUGGCUGCUUACGAUAAAAACGGUGAUCUCAUUGGUGGUGGAGUAGGUCCCACUGGAAUGGCUUGUCCUGCAUCUCAGCCUAUGCCAAUCAUAAUGGCUUGGUCUUAUUUAGCUAUGACUUGUUAUUCUGUUGGUAUUUAUGAAAUUGCUGGCGCUUCAGCCAGUAUUCUCUGGAAGUAUUUUGUCAAAGAGAAAGAUACGAGUCACCUGACCCAAGAGAUGUCUUGUUCAGGUAGUAAUGUAAUCUUGGAAGAACGUCACUUUGAUUGGGAGAUGUUGAACGAGAUCAAUCAAGUUUUGGGUCGUCAUUUUCUGAAAAGUGUGUUUAUUGCUGUGGAUGUUGCAGUGCGCAAUGAGAAGUUAUAUUGUGAUUCUUUAUGUGAUCAUGGAGUAUUACUACCUGGACAGAUACGGCGAAUUCGAGAAUGUGAGAAAAUGUUGCUUGUUCUUCGAGUCUCGUUGUGGAUAAAUGAUGUCAGUUUAGUUUUACAAAGUAUUACAAGAUGCUAUGGUCUUCUUGCUCCACUAAUUCACAUGAAUAUUCCUUCAAAACCAGUUGUGCAGAUUCUACUUAAAUGCUACGCUGUUCUUCUGGAAGUACCAUCAUUGAAUCGUUUUCGCAAAAAUUCUUCAACGUAUGACAGUUUUUAUCAUCUCAUUGCAGUCAUCACUUAUUUUCUCACCAAGACAUUGCCAAUAUGGGGGGAAGAUGAACUUGCCAGCACAAUCAAAGACUACGGUAGAAAACUUUUAACUAUCGAUGCACCAUUUGUGGAACAAAUGGUACCUGCCAUAUCGAUCACAGUAUCUCUGGAUGAGCCAAACGACGCGAACCAACAAGUGGGAACUAAAUGCAAGAAAAAAGGCGGGAAAGGCAAAUUGAAAAAAGUCAAAGGAGCGAACUUAAAAGCAACUACAAAGCCAGAACAGUCCAGUAGAACUGGCGUUUCUCAGAAAGCAGAGUUUAUGGCUUUAGAAAACGUUUAUGAUAAACGAGCAAGUCAAGCCAUGAUGAAUUUCAAGAACGACUUUGAUUUAACAGGAUCAGAGGAUCCGUCCGUUCUCACUAGUUAUAUAAUGGCUUUAAAUCCAAGCGAAGGCUACAGAGAAGUCCUUAAAUUCAAAAGACGCACGAAAUUUCUUCAGUAUUUUGUUAUGGUUGCUGAGAAAGCUCUUGAGUUUGACUGGUUUGAGAAAGUUCUAGAAUGGUCGAGUGACACUGACAUAUGGCUAAAUAAACGUAACGAUAUCCUGGUACCAACGCAGAAACCAUCCAUUUCCCAACAGUCACCUGACUUUGAUGGUGAGGAGAUAAAGAGCAAGAGGUUUGCAACUGCAAUUGUUGAAUAUGGAAAGCAGGCAGCCAAAAGAAAUACAAAGUGCAUGAAACAGCUUCUUGAAACACUUGCUGAUGUCAAAGACAAUAGUGACAUGACUUCCCAUUCAAAUGGGGAAAGGCCAGAUGGAAAGUAUGUAAAACAAGUCAAAUCUACGAGGACAAAUAAGUCAACCAGUCCCUCACGAACACCACCUCAUGUGCCUCGAAUAAUCCGAAAGGGUAAAAAGAAGUUUCGAGGAGCAACGGAUGAACAAACCUUGAUACGAGCUAUUGAAUCAUUGCAGUCAAAGCUUCCUUUAUUCUGGAAAUCUGAAGGCAGGAAAAGGAGAUUACGUUUGAUAACUAAAGAAGAAACUCCAUGGCGUUGUCAGUUGAAUAUCGUACGUGCUCUUGCUAGUUUUUCUUUCUUCCUGAAUCAAACCAAGGGAACCGAUAAAGGAAAUAACGAUGGUUUGAAUGAAGAAAGUGAAAUGUCUGCUCUGGAUAUGGAAUGGUUUGGUUUUGACCUCAGUGGGAUUCUUCUUCGUCAACGCAAUUCUGUCUUGAAGGAUACAUCUUCAUCUUUUAAGGAUCUUGUUUUGGCUUUAACUCAGAAACAAGAUCGAACAAAUGCAAUGAAAAAAAGAGAGCAACAGAGAAUUGAUGAAGAGACGGAUUACCUCAGAUUUGUUUACAACGCUUGUAAAUAUCUAUCGAAAGCAAUGGUUUUAUCAUACCGCUGUAAGUCUUGGGGUAUUUUGCAAAAUGCCUGUUGUCAUUUGUGGAAUAUAAGACAGAAACUCUACGCGUUUAUUAUGGAUCCUGGCACUAGAGUUACUGAAGAUAUACUUUAUGAGAUAACCUGGAUGGCUUUUUAUUUUGCGGCUGAUACACUGCUUGACAUGCUCUUGUUUAUGAAAGAAAAUGUGAAAGAUUUUUCAAGGCCGAUGAGCAAGACUUCUGAAGACAAAGGCAUCUUUUCCUUGUGGGGUGGCAUCGAGGAUGAGAAGGGCGGUUCUGAUUUAAUAUUUGAACCGUAUCUAGAUGAUCAUACAGAGAUGGAUGUUGUUUGGAUCCGUCGUAUUAUAAUGCAUUCUAUGGAAUGUUUGUUUUAUAAAGAGAAAUGGGAAAAGUUAGCUGACAUCAUAUUAAGAUUUUUCGCUCUUUCCAGAGGUCGCUACGCAGACAAAGUUUUGCCUUUACGCAUUUGCUCAAGAAAACUACUGGAAAAAGCUCAGGCACACGGCGGCGUUUUAAAAUACCAACCCACUGUUAUCAUUUCUACAGCCAGUGGUAAACCUGAAAAUCUCAAAAUGGAUGUAAAUAUGAGAGAUAAAAAUUUCGAUGUAGCAGUUCACAUCGAUGCCAAAAAUCAUAAUGUUUAUUGCGGUGAAAAUAACGCCCAUCGUCUGUUUUGUCCCUUGGAUAAAACAGCAACGUUGCUGUUGCUUAAAGAAACCGCUGAUUUGAAACAUUGCGCUGCAAAGGCUCUACAACAUAGUCGGGAGUUAUUGUUGAGAUAUCUAGCUGGAUUAGGAAAUCAUUUCAAGAAAAAUCCAUCAUCACGGGUCGCAUUUUUAUCCCCAGAUGAUGAAGAAUUGACGACAUCACCUCCAAAUAUCAGCGAACUGAAAUACGAAAAGGUUGAUGAUGUACAUAAAUAUCCCCUUGCAUCCUCCCAGCUUGCUGUCGUGAUAACAUCGUAUGAUAAAACAAUAGAAAUGCUUCAGUUCCAUGGACGAAAAGCGUUGUUAGCUCAAGCAAUGAAUGAAAUUGGCAAAAUUAUGCUUCACAUCGGUAAUAAGAGAUCCGCGCAUCGGUGGUGGCAAACGGUUCUGGAUACCAUUUUAUCCCCGUCUCUUUCUGAACAUAGUGACGCCACUCAUAAUCGUUAUCACAAUGCAGUAAAAACUGAGCCAAGUGUCUUGUUGAAGAAGCGAGGUAUUUGGGGAUGUAUGCUGGCCGCUGAAACCGCUGUAAAUAUGGCAAGGUAUAUUGAAACGGAUAAUGCUGACAGAAAGCUGGACUACUGUUAUGUUGCCACUUAUCUGUUUAAGGCAUUGUUUGCAUCCAGUUUACCUCAUCCUACAUCGUGCAGGGAUUUUGCUCUUUAUGACAUUGGCAAAGGAUGUUCAGUGAAUACAUUGAUACCAAGUGUUAACCUUUUCACUGACCCGUUUCGUUGUAAUGCUAAAGUAUUGUUGUCAUCAUCUGUUUGGCUGAUUGAAGAACUCAUUGAAACAGGACAUUACGUCAUGGUUUUGCCAAUAAUUACGUUAGCUCGUUAUGUAGCAAGUGAUGUGUUUGAAAGUAAACAUUGGAUCGCUAAAGUUCUUAUACUCAGGGUUCGAGCUUUAACAAAAGCAAGGUUGUUUUCCCAAUCAUUUAAAGUCUUCAAUGAUCUGUUGUUUGCUGACGAGAAAAUGCAGAAAAUCCAUCAGUUUUCCUGCUCUACUUCACUCAAUUCUUCUCAAAAUAUUCCGGCUCUUGAGAGUCUGAUAGUGAGCCGACUAUCCUCAGAAUACGUCAUGUUACAUGGCAACGAAGUUUGCCGAUUAUUGGUGUUAGAACAAGUUCGUCUAUUGAUUGAGAUUGCAGCUACAGUUUACGCUAUACCAUUAAAUAAAAAAACAGUACUUAUUGAAAAGCUAAGAGAAAUAAAGAACAAUUCAAACGAUUCGCCUAUUAAUAUUCUGGACAGUGACAUCUCUCACUCCACGUUAAAGGGUUAUCUACUGGCUGCUGCAGAACUUCUCCUGGAAGAGAUGAAAAAUAUGAUUUUGCUUCCACAGAAAAACUUGAAAGAAUUUCUUGAUGAGAGAGGUCACCUUAUCCGACCGGCGGAUUUUAAAAUUUUAAUUUUGAUCGAAAUAGAAUCAUCAUACAUUCUUCAUGAGUAUUCAGAAAAUUUGAGCGCAGCCAAGGUCAUUUAUGAAUGUAUGAGGACGCUGGAGGAUGCCAGUGUUCUUUUGGAACGCAAUGCCAUCAGACUCAGUUCAGAUUGGACGACAUUUUCCCGUUCUCCAGCUCCUACAAAGACACCAGAUAGUAUUCGCUCAGACCUAGGCUCAGUCAAGUUUGAGAAUGAUGCAAACCUGUGGCUGAAAUGUCGAAUGAAAUUGGUGGAAUAUUUGUUCUGUGAAGAAAAUAGUGUUGGUAGACUAGCUGGCUUCAGUCGUACAGUAGUCUCUCUCACUGGUUCCUCCCAUUACCAUUGUGAACAAGGUUUAGAUGAAAGUGAAGCAUUUGGUCAAAAUGAAAUGGCUGUGGAAUUUCAGUUUAAUUCUAUCUUGCUUAAACUCACGCAUGGCUCUCUUACUCAAGAGGAUUUCGAUACAUUGAAGAGCCUUGUAAAGAAAUUAGAAAAUGUUCAUUCACUGUCAGUGAAAGGUUCUUUGCUUUUGGUGAAAAUUUUGAUAUAUUAUGGUGAUAUCUCUCAAUCAUUUGGUUCAACUAUCGAUGAAACUUUGAAAUGUUACCAAAAAACAGAAAAUUUUAUCAGAAAACAGAUUAUUGCUCUGACCGAUACCAUGUACUUUAACGAUAUUGAUACAUGUAGUCGUGCUAUGAAUAUUUACCUACAGCACAACAUGCUUCUUGUUGAAGUCUGCUUAAGAAUUGGACGCUUUAAACUGCGGAAUAUCGACGAAUCAAGCUCACCAGAAAAUAUCAGUGAAGUACUAAAAUUUUUGCUCCAAGCAAUGUCCAUUAUCACUGAUGCACAAAUGGAAAAAAAUCCUUUGGAAAGCGAGUUGUUGUAUUUUAUUGGCGUUUGUCGGAGUCUUUUAUGGAAUUAUGAAAAAUGUCCUGAUAUGCUUGUCAUUACAACGUUUAUUGACUCCAUUAGCAAAACUUACAAGUUUGAUCAUGAUCUUGAGUUGAUGCGCAAAUGUUACCAACAACUUGUUUUAUUCUACCUCAAGAAAACGAAGAAAGUAAAAGAAGAGUUUUCAAACAAAAUCUCAGCAAACAAAUGGCACAAUGCUGCGAAAAUUAUCUCCAAAGACAGCCAAGGAAAAACAAAAGACAAAGAAGAGCUUUUGCUUCGACGGGAGACAAAGAGAGAACUUCGUGCCACAUGGAUAGCCUGUAGAGCAAUGUCCGUACUUUCAACCACCAUUGAUAGUCGUAGUCUACUAUAUGGUUAUAUUACAGGACUUUCAAUGCCCAAAAGUAGCGGAGAAAAGAUUCCUUUGUCCGUACUUCAUGAUUUGUUAGGAUCUGUAUCUAUUUCAAGCAUUAACGGUGGUGAGAUUCAAAACGAUGGCGUAAUUACAAUGAAUACGUUCGUGAAUGGAACAAAUACGGUUCAAAUCACGUGGAACCAUCUGUUGUAUUAUGUCGACCAUCUACGACGGCAAGUUAGUUACCAUUCUCUUGGAAUAAACGCGAUUGGUGGUGCGUUGUUCAGAUGGUCAAAGUUAUUAAAGUUGCAAGAGAUACACGAGUUUUGAACUCUGAACUUGACGUCUACGAGAAGAAUGCAAGUGGAGUAAAUGUUUCAUCUAUAUUGUUGCUUCCAGAAUUACCUUUGAAGAAAACUGAAGUGAUAUCACAUCAAAAAGGACGAUAUGUCGAUGAAGCUGAAGACAAUGAAAUCAGCAUUACUUGGAUACAAUCAGAUCCACUUUUGAAGCAAACUGAUAAUGACUUGAUCGAUUGUAUAUAUGCAUUCAAUACAAAAGCUACUUGUGGUGUACCCGUGACUGGACUUAGCGCGGGAAGGAAAAUCGUGUCACGGAAAAGUGUCGAAAAUAUUCACGAACAACUAGAACGUCUCCUUGUGUUGACUGAAAGUGAACAGACCAUCCAACAAAGAAAAGUAUCAAAAUGUGAAGGUCCUGUCGCUACUUCCAAUGCUAUUCCACAAACUCAACGCAGGAAAAAAGCAAACUCAUUGAGAGCGCAAUCUGGACUUGCUCGUCGUGACGUUGAAGUUGAUAGCAAUAUUCGCGCUUUUAUACAUGAUGUGAAUAAAAUGAUGCUUCAAACUGCUGGUUCGGAUAAAAAGGAACUUCCAUUUCAUGCAACCCAUUCUAAUAUUUGUAUUCUGGAGACUGUGUUUAAUACGUCGCGGGGUUUUAUUGGUAAAGUACCUGAUAAUCUGUAUCAAUGGAUCACGUCAAUUGUUGUUUAAUGUUGUUACAUUUAAAAUUUUUGUUUUGAUGACUGUUUUAAAUAUGUCAAGAAGUUUUACUGGUAAAAUAUUUGCCAUUUUGUUGUUGCGUAGUUAAAUUUUUGCUUUAUAUUUUAUGAAAAUAAGAAGCUAAAGUAAA